CUUCCUGUACUGGUGCUGGAAGUGGGAGGACAGAAGGCAGGCAGCCUGCUUCCUAGUUGAGAGUCCUAGUGGAACUCGGGGAUCAUGGACAUUGAAGCAUAUUUUGAAAGAAUUGGUUAUAAGAAUUCUAGGAACAAAUUGGACUUGGAAACAUUAACUGACAUUCUUCAGCACCAGAUCCGAGCCAUUCCCUUUGAGAACCUUAACAUCCAUUGUGGGGAAACCAUGGAAUUGGGCUUGAAGGCCAUUUUUGAGCAAGUUGUGUGGAGGAACCGUGGUGGAUGGUGUCUCCAGGUCAAUCAUCUUCUGUACUGGGUUCUGACCACAAUUGGUUAUGAGACCACAAUGUUGGGGGGUUAUGUGUACAGUACUGCAGCCAACAAAUAUAGUAAUGCUAUGAUUCAUCUCCUGCUGAAGGUGACUACUGAGGGUAAGAAUUACAUAGUGGAUGCUGGAUUUGGACGUUCUUACCAGAUGUGGCAGCCUCUGGAGUUAAUUUCUGGAAAGGAUCAGCCUCAAGUGCCUUGCAUCUUCCGCUUGACAGAAGAGAGAGGAAUCUGGUACCUGGACCAAAUCAGAAGACAGCAGUACAUUGCAAAUGAAGAAUUUCUUAAUUCUGAUCUCCUGGAAAAAAAUAAAUACCGAAAAAUAUACUCCUUUACUCUUGAACCUCGAACAAUUGAAGAUUUUGAGUCUGUGAAUACAUACCUUCAGACAUCUCCAACAUCUGUGUUUACAAGCAAGUCAUUCUGUUCCUUGCAGACAUCUGAAGGGGUUCACUGUUUAGUGGGCUGCACCCUUACCUAUAGGAAAUUCAAUUAUAAGGACAAUAUGGAUUUGGUAGAGUUUAAGGUCCUGAAUGAAGAAGAAGUAGAACAAAAGCUGAAAAAUACAUUUAAUAUUUCCUUAGAGAGAAAGUUUGUGCCCAAACAUGGUGAUCAAUUUUUUACCAUUUAGAGUAAGGAGUAAAAAUAGUCUUCAGUAUUACUUCAUGUACUGAAACUUUUUGUUAUAGAAAAUAUUAAACAUAUAUUAGAGAAAAUAAACUAAUAAGUGUUUAUGUAUUUAUCACCGAAUUUAUCAACUAUCAAUUACCAUAUUUCCUCAAUUGUUUGCACAUUAUAUUAAAGAAAAUUUCACUCUUAAAAAUAUCAGGAUUUAUAGUUAGAUAACAUUUUAAAGAAUUAUAAUCAGGGGCGCCUGGGUGGCGCAGUCGGUUAAGCGUCCGACUUCAGCCAGG